UGCCACUGUUCACUUGCUAUCAAACAAUUUGAAUCCAUUCUACAAGAAGAGGUGUUGAAAAAGCCUGAAAAUCAUGUUCAAGAUAUCCUUGGUUGUGCUUUUGGUAAUGCAGGUAGUAUGGCAGAUGGGUGAAGCAGCCAACAUUCAAGUUCAGCGAGGAAGUGGACAUAUCAAGUUCUUGGUGCCGCAAGAAAGGGUUUGGGCGGGUCUAUCUGAUGGCCAUCGUCGCUACCCUGUGAUCCAUAGUGGAAAUCUCAUUGCCUUGAGGUUGGCCUACACAUCCGGCAGUUACAGUUACCGAUGGAUGCAGUGUGGCUCAAGUAGUAGCUACUGCUAUUAUUCAAAUUGCCCUCGUGGCAAGGUGUUGAAGUCCAAUAGAUGGUCUUCAUGUAGAAAGGAACAGUUUUACAUCCGGGCAGUCAACAAGAACGACGGUCAGCCGAUCAUUAGCGGGGACUUUGUAACCCUUGCACCUUACAACCGUGGCAGUACUUGUCGUCUGAGGUGUUUUAGCUCGAGUUCUUCAUAUUGUAACUCAAAGACAUGUGUAAGUGAGAGUUAUUUCAAAGGAAACAACGCCUUCAUCUAUUCCUACCUGACGUUCCAGAUCUUCUCUCGUUAUGCUAAAGACGGCAUUGACCCAGUGCAGUACGGUGAUAUCGUUGCAUUUCGUUAUCCUUACUAUUACUCUCACUACUGGCUCUAUUUCAGCGGUAGCUAUCUUUACGCGCGCUCAUGCAGCCACAGUUACAAAACGAAUUGUGCGCGAAAAAAUUCUCUUUUUGGCUUCCAAAUAUUCAAGAAAUUGUAGAUUAAAGCAACAUGUGAUGUAACAGAAAGAUCAUCACAAUGAUAUAGUGGAAAUAAAGCUUUCUGAAGCAUAGUUAUGUCGUA